AUGUUAUCAUCGCGACUCAUCUACUCAAGCGAGGGCGAGGGCGAGGGCGAGGGCGAGGGCGGAUACGGCCACAGAUCUGUUAAACACUGCUCGCCCACUCUCGGCGCUGCUGAUCCAAACGAUUCCCUCUGCGUAUGCCUCGUCUUGAACCUGGGCGCUCUCUUCUUCUCCUUCCGCGUCUUGACCCGUGGUUCACAGUCAUACACCUACCUCGAAGGUGACCGACCACAUGAGCUUCCUAUCAAGGUCCGCACCAUUCAGGCCGAAUUCGUAGAUGAUCCUGAGCACUACGGGAUGGAAGGCUUUGCUUCUACGGUUGAAUGGAACGCAAUCCGUCCCCCUGGAAAGGGUUUCGUCUUUCUAGGCCAAGAGCACUUUGCGUUUGGCGUGUCGAUGUGGCAUCAGAUGCACUGCUUGAGCCACAUUCGUGCCGUGCUCGUUAACGGAGACGACGGGUCUGACCACACGGAGCAUUGCUUCCACUACUUGCGGCAGGGCAUUCUCUGCGCUGCUGACACGACGAUCGAACCUGGUGGCACAAACAAGAAAUUGCUCAAUGGUGACAAAGUUGCUGCAGGCGAUGGAGCUAAACACACUUGCCGGGACUGGAGACAGGUGCACGAUUGGAUGGCGGAGCAACAUUCGAAAUGGACGCCUGAGAUGUUUGAGAGGAUCAAUGAGUCUAGCCUAUAG